CACGUUCAUGCUUGCGGGCGAAGCGGCAACACACUUGGUCGUUCUCUGUACCUGUGUUCUCGCGGACUUGUGAAACGUCAUCAGUCACAGCCCAAGCACUGUUCCACAUCUAAGCCAAUUACAGAUCGAACAUUAGGAAGUGUUCUCGCUCCGCCCGCUUUGUCGAGGGUACAUCGGGAGCUUACUUGUGUGGACUAGGGGGCAGCUAAGUGCUCCACAAUGCACUGCGCGCCAACCAGCGGCAACGGCGGAGAUUUUGAAACAGGCUCAAAGCUGGAACGAUUUUCAUCAAAGGACUUUUAAUAUAUCACUUCGUUAAGUUUUGAUAUUGUUUUUCAGGAGAUGAGGAGAUACAGGAGAUAAUUUUUUCAGGUGGGUUGCCGAUAUGCUGCCCAACUCCAAAAAGUCCUCCCGUCUUCUGGAAGUUUGUACUCCUGAGUUGAACUUGCCCACUUCGAACUCCCAAGUACGGAAGUCCUAAUUUGGCCUGAGUUAAGGUGCAGGUACUUAGUACUUCAGCCAAUAGGCUUCCGAUGCGGCGUCUCCUCCCACAACGACUCUCUCUCUCUCUCUCUCGGCAGUAUGGCCGCCGUCCCGUAGUCGUUAUUUAGCUACUGUCACGUACAAGAUUUAAGCUUUACACUUUAAAACAUGUCGGCCCUACUUGCUCUGAAAAAUUCGCUCAGCAGACUGCCUCCGGGUGUCGCCCGGCAGGUUGUCGGCUGCAGUUAUCACACCGAGAAGGGUGUUUACGGAUACCGACCCAAACAGAUCGACAAGGACCACAAGUUGCAGAGCGACCGCAUCGCUGCACUAAAUCAAGAUCAUGGUCUUGCGCGUCUGGUGGAGGCAUACAGAGCACAUGGGCACAAGGCUGCUAAAAUUAACCCCUUACUACCCCAAAAGCCUGUUGCGGACAGUGUCCCGGAGAUAAACAUGCUGAGUGGCACCAUAAGAGGACAGCUCAACACCUCAGGUUUGCGGCACUUUGGAAAGGCCGAGGCCUCGCUGGAAGAGGUUCAGGCCUAUCUGGAAGAAGCCUACUGUGGCCCUCUGUCCGUGGAGACCAGCCAGCUGAGCAGCCUGGAGGAGAGGGAGUGGUUCGCCGACCGCUUUGAGGAGCUCAAAAGGCAAAGUUUCUCCGCUGAGGAGAGGAGGCAGCUGGCCAAGAUCAUGCUGGAGUCUCAGGAAUUUGACCACUUCCUGGCCACCAAGUUUGCUACUGUGAAACGUUACGGAGGAGAAGGAGCAGAGAGCAUGAUGGGCUUUUUCUACGAGCUCUUCCACCAGUCGGCACACAGCGGAGUCACUGAUAUUGUCAUCGGCAUGCCCCACAGAGGCCGACUGAACCUCCUGACGGGCCUGCUGAAGUUCCCACCCGAGCUCAUGUUCCGCAAGAUGCGUGGUCUCAGCGAGUUCCCUGACACCUCGCCUGCCAUCGGUGACGUCCUCUCCCACCUCACCUCCUCAGUGGAGUUGGAUUUCGGAGCCAGACGCCCCCUUCAUGUGACCAUGCUGCCGAACCCAUCUCACCUUGAGGCCAUCAACCCGGUGGCCCAGGGCAAAACCCGAGCCAGGCAGCAGCUCAGGAAAGAAGGGGACUAUUCACCGGAAGACAACGCCCAGCCAGGGGACCAGGUCAUCUGUCUGCAGGUCCAUGGUGAUGGCUCUUUCACUGGUCAAGGGAUCGUUCCAGAAACUUUGACCCUCUCAAACCUCCCUCACUACAGAGUCGGUGGGAGCAUCCACCUCAUUGUGAACAACCAAGUGGGUUACACCACUCCAGCGGAGAGAGGGAGAUCCUCUUUGUACUGCAGUGAUGUUGGGAAGAUUGUGAACUGUGCUGUGAUCCACGUAAACGGAGAUGCGGCGGAGGAGGUGCUGCGGGCCACUCGGCUGGCUGUGGAGUACCAGCGGCGUUUCAGGAAAGAUGUAAUCCUGGAUUUGAUCUGCUACCGUCAGUGGGGCCACAAUGAGCUGGAUGAGCCUUUCUUCACCAACCCAGCCAUGUACAAGAUCAUCCGCUCCCGUAAGAGUGUCCCCGACUCCUACUCAGACCAGCUGAUCUCUGAGGGUUUGAUGACUUAUGCCGAGCGUGACGAGAUCAAAUCCAAAUACUACAGCAUGCUCAACGACAAGCUGGCCAAUAUGACGCUGUACAGCCCCCCACCCACCAACCUGCAGGGCCGCUGGGGGGAUCUGGUCGAACCCCAGGCCAGAGUCACCACCUGGGACACGGGUGUCCCCAUUCCUCUGCUGCAGUUUGUAGGAGCAAAAUCUGUGGACAUCCCCGAGCAAGUCCAGCUGCACAGUCACCUUGGAAAGACCCAUGCUCAGGCACGGUUGCAAAAGUUAGAAGAGGGCACCAAACUGGACUGGUCCACGGCAGAGGCCCUGGCUUUCGGCUCUCUCCUCUGCCAAGGCUUUAAUAUUCGAAUCAGCGGGCAGGAUGUUGGAAGAGGCACAUUUAGUCAACGACAUGCCAUGGUGGUGUGUCAAGACACCAAUGACAUGUACAUCCCUCUAAACCACAUAAGCCCUCAGCAGACAGGUUUACUGGAGGUGUGUAACAGCCCACUGUCUGAGGAGGCGGUGCUUGGAUUUGAAUAUGGUAUGAGUGUCGCACAGCCGAAGCUUCUUCCCAUCUGGGAAGCUCAGUUUGGGGAUUUCUUCAACGGAGCACAGAUCAUCUUUGACACCUUCAUCUCUGGGGGUGAAGCCAAAUGGCUGCUACAGUGUGGGAUGGUGAUCCUGCUGCCUCACGGCUACGACGGCGCCGGCCCUGAACACUCUUCCUGCCGUAUGGAGCGCUUCCUCCAGAUGUGUGACAGUAAAGAGGAGGGUGUGGACGGCGACAGCGUGAACAUGGCUGUGGUCAACCCCACCACUCCCGCCCAGUACUUCCACCUGCUGAGGCGACAGAUGAUCCGAAACUUCCGCAAACCUCUGAUUGUGGUUGGACCCAAGACACUGCUCAGAUUUUCUGGUGCAGUGUCCAGUCUGACCGAACUUGCACCAGGAACAUCUUUCAGACCAGUGUUAGGUGAUACCUCAGUCUCAGCACAAAGUGUCCAGAGGGUGGUGCUGUGCGCAGGGAAGCAUUACUAUGCCCUGCUGAAACAGAGGGAGGCUUCAGCAGCAAGCCAGAACACAGCGCUCAUCCGUGUGGAGGAGCUGUGUCCGUUCCCACUGGAGGCUCUGCAGCAGGAGCUCAGAAAGUACCCCAGUGCCAAAGAGUUUAUUUGGAGUCAGGAGGAGCCUGAGAACAUGGGUCCCUGGUCUUUUGUAGCUCCCAGGUUUGAGAAGCAGCUGGCCUCUAAGCUCCGGUUAGUGAGCCGACCUGCGCUGCCUGCCCCCGCUGUCGGUAUCGGGACCCUCCACCAGCAGCAACAAGAGGCCAUCCUCACUGCCACCUUCUCCUAAGACUCAACAAGACCGGGAACCAAAAGAGGCCCGUACACAAACUUCAAUACGACACUACACACCCUAUCUGCUGCUGUCUUCCCACCAUCAUCACUAAAUGCACAGAGGUGCUGCACGGCAGACAUGUGGGACCUUUAGACGGUGCGGAGUUUUGAAAUAAAAUGGUCAAUAAUAUAAAUAAAUCAAAGGAAAACUUUGAUACUUUUCUUCGUACUCUUAUAAUCUAUCACAGGUUUUAACAAUUAUGUUUAUGUGGUUUGAGGGCAAGGCCUGAAUUCCUGUUUACUUGUUUUUUUUCCCCUUCCUCUCCUUUAACAUGCCCUGUUUUUCUCUAUUUGUUUAAGGUUAAAAGGUACUAUGGUAAGAAAAAAAAGACAUCUGCUAAUCUGGGUCGGAUCUGAAUCGAGGCCUUAGAGAAGAUGUUUACAAUGUGAUUGUACUAAACAAGCACUGGGGAAUAUAUCUUGCCUGUGUGAAACUUGUACGGGCUCCACAUUUCAGGAAUCAAAGCUGUUCAGUUGUCUCACGCAUUUAGUCAGCUUGAGUUAAUUUUUCUACCGUUCUGAAGAGGAAAUAUCACUGUAAGUUGUUAGAGAUCUGAGUGUUUUGGUAAUAUUUAUAUAAGAAUGGGACUAAUUUAACUGAAUUUGACAUUGCAUUAAAGAAGGAGAUGAAACUGUUUCUGAAUGCACAGAGAGAAUUGUUACCGUUGUGAUUGUUAAAUGUUAAUCCUACCGUGAGAUAGUUAUGUCUGGACAUUUCAUUGUCCAAAUUUGGGCCAAGAAGUACUUGAUUAUUUUCAUUAUUUAAUUGGGGUUUAAACCAAGACUUGAGAUCAAAGUACUGGCAUUAAAGGGCUACCGUAAAUAAACAAAAAUCUGAAUACUCAAAUGGUAAUAUUCUCAAAUAAAUCUAUUUUCAUGA